CUGUCUGUUGACUUCUGCUUCAGUUCUCUGUAAUCUCCAGCAAAAGCAUCACGCAUUCAAAUCCGUCAUACAUUUAAAUUUAUAUUUUAGUGUUAUACAGUUUAAAGUCUACUGUUAAACCCUAUACGUUAUAUAUUUAUCUACAUAUAUACAUCCAUACACAUAUAUACAUAUAUCUCUCUCUCUAUAUAUAUAUAGUAACAAAGUUAACAAUAUGUCUGAAAUUCCUGUUGUCAAUCAAAUCCAACAUUAUCAGAGAAGUAUCGAAAAAUAUCCUGACGACGAGCCAAGAGUUUUAAGAUGCAUAAGAAAACUACACGACUUGCCGGUAACAGUGCAACAUCUCCAGGAAACGGGGGUAGGAAGGACAGUAAAUGCACUGAGGAAAUACGAUGGUACUGUUGGAGAUGCUGCUAAAGCACUGGUUGCCAAAUGGAAAAUAAUGGUCGUUGAUGAAGAGAGAAGUGACGAUGAUGACGAUGAUGAUAACUGUGUACCAGAUGUUUCUGGAGGUUACACUGAUAAUUCUGAUUCUGGUGUUGACAAAGAUGAAAGUCAUACUCGUACUUCAUCUAGCCAUAAAUUAAGUGAAUUGCAUGAACGUGGUAGUAAUUCACGACACGAAUCACGAUCUUCCAAACAUUCGUCUAACAAUUCAUCAGAUCUAUCACGAUCUAAAUCAAAUAAAUCAAACACCGAUAAUAAUGAUCGCCGUAGACAUCACUCAAAGUCCUCAUCUUCAUCAUCAUCAUCAUCGUCAAUAAAUAAUAAUGAUAAACUAGAAGAUACCAAUACGCGACAUGAAAUCCAUGAGAAAAAAUCUAAAAGUCAUCGUGAGUCGAGCAGCAAAAGUGACAGACAUAGUUCCCGAAAAGAUGAUAACAAUAUAAUUAAUAACAGUAGUAAUAAGACAGUAAGAAAAGAUAAAGACAAAGAAUCAUUGAAAGUGUCAUCGCAUGAAUAUUCAAAACAUAACGGACACAGUAGCAGUGAUCGUAAACGUAAACGCGAUAGUUCGGCAAAUGAAAAGCACGUGGAUAAACGACGAAGAAGUUCAACAGUCGAUGAAUCCGAUGAUGAUGACGACAAAAGUGGUACUGAUACUAAUGAAAUUUCUGAUAACGAGUGUGAUAAAAUAAAAAUAAACAUUAAGUCAGAGUCACCUGAAUCGCCCCCACGUGUUUCUAAAUCCAAGGAAACUGGCUGUGUUAAGAAAGAAAAGUCGAAAGAUAAAACUGGUGAUAGGGAUGAUAAACAUAAACAUUCAAGUUCAAGUAGUAAACAUAAAGUUAAAAGUGAUAGCAGUAAAUCUUCAGAGCAUCGAAGGCAAGAAAAAAAAAAAGAUGAGGUACGGGAGUCAUCGUCUUCAGCUUGUAAAUCACGCGGUCGUUCAACUUCUAGUUCUAAGGAUACUGAUAAAAAUAAACACAGUGAGAAGAUUAAAGAAAAAAAAUCACCAGAUAGUAAAGAUAAGGAUAAAGAUAAGAGCAAGGAUAAGGACAAGAAACAUAAAGAGAAGAAAAGUAAAAAAUUCAAUGGCCAUGAAGGAAUCGAUUGUAAUUCUGGUGCUAGUUUUGCUGAAGCACUUGGAAUGUGUACGGCAUCAACGUCUUUUUCACGUAAGAAAGUUCCAACAUCCCCUAUCAUAUCAAUAAAAAGUAAUAAACCGGAAGCUGGUACUUCGGCUCAGAAAACGGAUAAAAUUAAGACUGAAUCGUCGUCUCCCAAGGACGAGGAAAUACUUUAUCUAUUGUCACCGAAGAUAAAAUUAAAACCAUUGAAUGUGGAUCUUGCGUCAACAUUACCAGAGAUUAGUGCUAAUUACAAACCAUUACCAGUAAAUCACAUGAAUCCGAUUUAUCGUCGAAUGGAAGAGGACAAAGCACUCAAUGAUGCUAUUUAUGCUAAAAACAUUAGAACCAAAGUCUACUCUGGUAAUAAAACAAGUUACACAAGUGUACCGUCUCUCUACGAAUUAUGUAUCCGAGUGUUGAUAGAAAAUAUCGAAGCACUUGAAUGUACUGGAGGAGUACCUUAUUACCUUUUAAAACCCGUACUGGAUCGUGCCACCGCUGAUCAAUUGUACAUGAUCGAACACUACAAUCCAUAUUUGAUUGAAGACACCGACACACUCUGGAAGUUCCACUGCAACCGGGAAUUCCGUAACAGAGAGCGUGAAGAAAUGGAAUCAUGGCGUGAAAUGUACAUGCGCUGCUUAGAUGAAAGAGAGGCUAAAUUAAAAACACUGACUGCAAACAUUAAGCAGUCAAUUGAUAAAUCAGUGCCAGCAAGAUCAACAAUAAUGGCUUAUGUAGACGAUGUCGUUAAACCACCGAGAAAUGUAUUAAGAAAACAAGCUAGAUAUGGAACAUCAUCAGCAACUUCUUCCUCAGAUAUUAAGAAAAAAAUAAUUUUAACUGGUGGUACCAAUGCCGCUACUACUGUUUCUGUACCAGCACCACCUAUGUCACGUGUCAAAUCAUCAAAUGAAGCAGUCAUGAGUUAUCCUGCCUACGGCAUGAAGACUUUUUUUUGGUGACUCGUCUCUCCCCACUACCACUGGCUUAUUUUUCCAUAUUUUUUUAUGAAAAUUUCACAGAAUAUUCUUGGAAUGAUGCUUAAUAAUGUCACAAAUUUUAAGAAUUUCAAUAACGAAGGUACUGAGAAAAAAAAAUUCUUGUAUCUCAAACCCCUUUCUCAUUAGAAUUAACGGAUAAUUCGAAAAGAUUCAUUAAAAAAAUUACAAAUAAUUCAAAAAUUCGAAUUUAAAAUCGAAUAGUGAUAAUCGAUUCGAUUCGAACUCGAUUCGCAUACCCCUAAAAAUAAUAAUUGCAUAAAUAAAUUAAAAUAAUAAAUAAAACAACUCGUAAAUUAUUUCAAUGAGAUUAAUGAGGUAUCUCGCAUUAAAAAAAAAAUUGAGUAUGAAAACUCAGUUUUAAAUUCAAACAAUUGUUAAUAAUAAAUAAUUUAUGAGAUUAUAAUUACUUGCUAAAUUACUUAAACAUUUAAAUCAAAACUAAUUAAAUUACAAAAAAUAUUAAUUAUUUAUUUAUAAAAAAAAUUAACAUUUCUACCAAAAUAAAUACCUCAAUUAAUGUGAUGUGAUAUUAUUUCUGUUUCACUAAUUUCAUCACGAUGUGAUACUUAUGUAUUUUUUUUUCUGUAAUUUCAUCACAACAAUUGUACAGUAGUUACGUAAAAAAAAAAAAAACUCGUAGCAUUUGGUGUUAAAUAAUUAAUUGUAGAAAUAAAAAUAUAUAUAGAGAACUUAAUGUUAAAAAAAAGGUCAUAAAUCGUCUGCCGUAAUCAGAAAUUAUUAUAAUUGUAAUUUAUUUAUAAUAAAAUAUUUUUGCUUGUAUUCAGAUAUAAAUAAAUAAUUCAAUUAAA